CUGUCAAACAACACAAGCGCCAUCUUGACAGCACCCUCAAAAUGGCAGAAAGAUGUGAGCUAGGAACCGAGUCCGAACCAAGAUUCCCGUGCUCAGCUAUUUAAAAACGGCUUCGGCAGUUUUUCCAUAAACGGGUGGUUAUGGGGUUGGUGGCCGGCGCGGCAGCACAGAGUUUGUAAAAAAUGGAUAUAACCACGGCGGUUUUCAACGCGGCCAGAGAUGGUAAGCUGAAACUUAUCCAGAAGUUGCUGAGCAACAAAACUCCAGAGGAGCUGGAGGCUUUAGCCGAGGAGAAAACCCAGGGAGGCACCCCUCUGUUGAUAGCUUCUCGAUACGGACACCUGGAGGUGGUGGACUACCUCCUUGAACACUGUAAGGCUAAUGUCGAACUCGGGGGCUCGGUUAACUUUGACGGCGAGACCAUCGAGGGGGCUCCGCCGCUGUGGGCUGCCUCGGCUGCCGGACACCUCCCCGUGGUGAAGACGCUGCUGAAACACGGUGCCUCUGUGAACAACGCAACACUAACUAACUCAACGCCGCUCCGGGCCGCCUGCUUCGACGGUCACCUGGAGAUCGUCCGGUACCUGGUGGAGCACAGAGCCGACAUGGAGGUCGCCAACCGCCACGGCCACACCUGCCUCAUGAUCUCCUGCUACAAGGGCCACAAGGAGAUAGCCAAGUUCCUCCUGGACCGCGGCGCGGACGUCAACCGCAAAAGCGUGAAGGGAAACACCGCCCUCCACGACUGUGCCGAGUCAGGGAGCCUGGACAUCAUGAAGAUGCUGCUCAAGUGCAACGCCCGCAUGGAGAGGGACGGGUACGGGAUGACCCCACUCCUGGCCGCGAGCGUGACCGGCCACACUAACAUUGUGGAGUACCUCGCCCACCAGCCCCGCACAUCCAGGGAGGAGCGCGUCGACGCGCUCGAGCUCCUCGGGGCCACUUUUGUGGACAAGAAGCGGGAUCUGCUGGGGGCGAUGAGGUACUGGAGAAGGGCCAUGGAGCUGAGGCAGCCGGGGGACAAGGCCGGGUCCCUCGCCAAGCCUCCGCCCGGCCCCCCGAUCCCCGCCUACGGCUGCGCGCAGGAGGUGAGCACCGCGGACGAGCUGGAGGCUUUGAUCACGGACCCGGACGAGAUGAGGAUGCAGGCCCUGUUGGUCCGCGAGCGCAUCCUGGGGCCGUCCCACCCGGACACCUCUUAUUACAUCCGCUACAGGGGAGCCGUGUACGCCGACUCGGGCAACUUUGAGCGCUGCAUCAGUCUGUGGAAAUACGCUUUGGACAUGCAGCAGAGCAACCUAGACCCCCUCAGCCCCAUGACGGCCUCCAGUUUCCUGUCCUUCGCGGAGCUCUUCUCUUUUGUCCUUCAAGACCGGGCCAAAGGCACCCUGUCAACACGCAUCACCUUCCACGAUCUGAUGACUGUCCUGGGGAAGAGCGUGAGGGAGGUGGAGAGAGCCGUGGCGCAGAGGGACAACCCCCCCGAAGCUCCUCAGUUCACCAAGGCCCUCUCCAUCAUCCUCCAUCUCAUCUUCCUCCUGGAGAAGCUGGAGUGCAGCCCGGAGCAGGAGCACCAGAAGAAGCACACGGUGUACCGCCUGCUGAAGCUGAACCCCAGAGGCCGCAGCGGCUUCACUCCCCUCCACAUGGCUGUGGACAAGGAGACCACGUCCGUCGGCCGCUACCCCGUCGGCCGCUUCCCCUCCCAGGCGGUGGCCGCGCUGCUCCUAGAGUGCGGCGCGGACGUGGAUUCGCGGGACUGCGAGAACAACACGCCGCUGCACGUCGCUGCUAACAACGGCUGCCCGGAGAUUAUGGCGCUGCUCAUGAAGGCGGGGGCUCACUUUGACGCCACCAACGCACAGAGGAAGACGGCCUACGAGCUGCUGGAUGAGCACAGCAGCGGGCACCCGGCCCUCUACCCACUGAACUACAUCACCCUUCAGUGCCUGGCAGCACGUGCGAUUGAAAAGCACAGACUGCCCUACAGGGGACUCAUCUCUGAGGAGAUGGAGGCCUUCAUCGAACUGCACUGACUUCCACUUUGUCCCCCGAAGAGGCUAAUCUUCCAAUUCUCCCCCGGUCUUUACUAAAAACAAAUCUUUUCUCCGCACCAUUCUCCUCACCUUCAUCUCUUUCGACUUUUGCUCCGCUCCCGGCUAAACCGACCUCGUGUCAGACCAAACCAUAGCAAUAAACAUCCAGCCUCUGAGCUUAAAACCUUGGGCUGAGAUCUGGUCAGUUCUCGCUUCAUUCUAACUUCACUUCACACAGACUUUCUGAAAGUUCACGAUCGUUGGUUUCUACCGCUGUUUAAUGCUGGGCUAAACUCCAUCAUCACACAGGAUUUAAUGCACUUCUUCCCCCUUCUGUUACGGUAUGAUGGUGCUUGUGUGGGUUUGCUGGUGGCUGACCUGUUUGAGAGAAGGGUUUUAGUAUUGCUGGUACGAAGCAUCUGAUCAAAGUAGGCAGAUAACAUGCAUGAAAGUGAGGCGUGAAAUCACAUGUUGUUUUGCAAAUUCAUUCAGAAAGGAAGCGUGUGAACGAACUCGCCCACCUGCUGGCAAUUUUUGUCCGGUUCUGUACGUUCACCUAUACCAUCUGCUGUGUUUCUGUCACGCUGGGAAGGAAUUUCUGUGCCAAAUGUUCCCUCACAGACUGGUGGCAGAAUGAAAAGCAAUUAACUUAUCUUCCUAAUCAUAAGCAGAAGUAAUAAGGCGAAGUGGGGUUCAGUAGCUCGGGUCGCUCAAUAUGUGAGAAUGUGACUCUAUUUUUUCAGCCUUCAGAGCCAUUACUUGAAAGACUUUGCCAGACUGAGGACGAGCAGUAUCACUUUGAUUACAGAAAACAGGCAGGUACCCAUUUGACUGACAGCCUUGGUCUCCUUGUAUUUAUUACCUAUGCAGAUUUCAAUCAGAAGUAAUUUUGUUUUUUCCCACCAAAAAUCGACUGCAUGAACAGACUCAAGGCGACGUUAUCCUUCGGUUGUACAUGCUUGUCUUAACAUGGUAAGUACUGUGGCUGCUUCAUUGACAGAUUCUGAAUUUAUGAACGAAGAAUGUCAUUACAUUUCUGCCUACGUCUGAACGAACUAUUUAAAACUGAAGCCUAAUGUGUGCCUACAUCCCUGUUCACUUCGGUGACGACAUCAGUAACAAACGAUAUUCGGUUGAAUGUCAAAGAAGCAGCUUUGGACGUUUUACGGACACAAACGACAGAUGAACCGUGUGUCGGUUCUGUUUUGGAGUGAAUUUCUCCCUUUAACCUCAGAUGCAGUUUGCAGAAAAGGAACAGAUGGCUCUCCGGGCCAUUCCUGCAUCUUAGUCUUAUAUUUAAUAAUCUCUCUUUUGUUGAUCUUGUGUUAUCAUGAAUGUUUUAUUUGUCUUGUCCGUGCGAAGCGCCGCCGUGUUGAGUGCACACCCGACAGGCUUUGUAAAAUCCCAGACACCUUACAUCCAGGCUCUGAACUGUCGAUGCCUUUCUCCUUCUCAACCGAUUCGUUUAACUGAUGAUAACUCAAGAACAAAAGUGUGUUGUAGGUACCUGAAUAAAAUUCAGUAUCACAACAGA